CUAAAUGCCAACAACAAUUUGGAAGUUGUGCUUGUGUAAGUGUGAGUGUAUGUGAGUGUCUGAGUAAAGAGUAAACAACAAGAGGAGAGAAAGAGCGCAACUCUGUUUUUUGCCUGCCUGCAGAUGUCGAAAUAAUAUAAAACUAGCCGUAUUAAUAACAAUCAUAAUAAGCAAGCAAUAAGAAAACAAAAAGUGCCUCGCUGGCUUAACGGAUUUUCCCGUCGUCGUCGUCGCUGUUGUUAUACAAAAGCAUGGAAGUUCAAACGGCAAACAGCCUGCACAACGCUCUGCUGUCGUCGCUACAAGGAGCCAACAGUCCCGCCAACAGCCCCAAUGGAACGCCCAAAAAGACAUUGGCCUCUAAGCAAUCCUCGGCAGAAGCGAAUAUUCUCGAGCAGCUUAGCAAGCAGCAGCAGCUGGAGUCAGCCAAUCACAGUCGCGACUGCGACAGUCCGGCCAGCUCCAAUUCGGAGCUAGAGAAGGAUCUGAAUGAGUUGCGCGAUCUGAAUGGCUCGCUAACGGGCAGCGGCAGUGUUGGCAAAUCGAAUGGUUCCCUCAGCGGCGCCUCAUCCAACAAUUCGGCGCCACCAGCUGUUUCGACGGCUACUGUUGGUGCUGCAGCUGGAACAACGAAUGGUGGCAAUGCUCAAACGUUGGGCGCCACAAUUGCGGCACAACUCAAGAAGCGCAUCUCAAGCAGCCGAACGCCGACACGCAAGGCGCAUCGCAUUAAAUUCUAUCGCAAUGGGGAUCGCUUCUAUCCGGGCAUCACCAUACCCGUCUCCAAUGAGCGAUAUCGUUCCUUUGAGAGCCUCUACGAGGAUCUGACACGACUCCUCGAGGAGAACGUGAAGAUUCCGGGCGCAGUGCGGGCCAUUUACAAUAUGGGCGGCAAAAAGAUCACUGCACUGGAUGAGCUGGAGGAUGGCCAGAGCUACGUUUGUUCCUGCAAUACUGAGAACUUCAAGAAGGUGGAGUACAACACCAGCUCCCAGCCGCUGGCCAAUUUGACGCUGGCGAAUAACAGUCGCUCAACGAAUCAGCGUCUCGCCAAGCUGCAGCGACCCGCAUCGCCGCUCAAGAAUGGCGCCAUGAUUGGCAGCACUGGCAGCAGCAGCGGUGGCUCAUCAGCGGCCAACGGUGGUGGUGGUGGUGGUGCGAGCGUUGGCGGCGCCGGUGCUGGUGCUGCUGCCACAAAUGGCAGUCCGCUGAACAAUUCCCGUUUCAGCGAACGGAACAGCGUGGUGCAUCCCCGCAUUGUGACACUGAUUCGGAACGGCACCAAGCCACGUCGGAUAAUGCGUCUGCUGCUGAACAAGCGGAACAGUCCCAGCUUCGAGCAUGUCCUCACAGCGAUUACGCAGGUGGUGCGACUGGAUACGGGCUAUGUGCGCAAGGUGUUUACAUUGUCGGGCGCAUCGGUGGCACAACUGGCCGAUUUCUUUGGUACGGACGAUGUGUUCUUUGCCUAUGGUACGGAGCGCGUGAAUGCCGCCGAGGAUUUCAAGCUGGAGGCGGAUGAGCAGCGUGCAAUUAAUGCCAUACGCAAGACACUGCGCACAGCGGGCACCACAUGCAAGGGACCCAAACCGAAGAUGCCCGUUAAAAGCAAAAAAGCCUAUCCCGACGAUGACACCGCGACGAGACGGGAGCGAGGAACUGGCGAUACGGAUACCGUUGUGGAGGAUGAUCAGGCAGCGAUACUUAAUAGCACGGGCGUUGAGAUCGGGGAUCUGCCCGUCGCCAUAAGCGACAAUUAUACGCUGGGUCAAAUGAUUGGCGAUGGCAACUUUGCCGUUGUGCUUAAGAUCAAGGAUCGACAGACGGGCUUGCCCUACGCCCUCAAGAUCAUUGACAAGAGCAAGUGCAAGGGCAAGGAGCACUAUAUUGAUGCCGAGGUGCGUGUCAUGAAGAAACUGGAGCAUCCGCAUAUCAUCUCCCUCAUCAUGGAUGUCGAUCAGGUGACAAACAUGUACCUGGUGCUCGAGUAUGUCAGUGGUGGUGAUCUAUUCGAUGCCAUCACGCAGGUGACACGCUUCUCGGAGAGCCAAUCACGAAUUAUGAUCCGGCAUCUGGGCUCCGCCAUGUCUUAUCUACAUUCCAUGGGCAUUGUGCAUAGAGACAUCAAGCCGGAAAAUCUACUUGUUGAACUGGACAAGUAUGGCAAUGUUGUGGAGCUGAAGCUAGCCGACUUUGGUCUGGCCUGCGAGGUAACCGAACCUCUGUACGCCGUCUGCGGCACGCCCACCUAUGUGGCGCCCGAAAUACUGCUGGAAGUGGGCUACGGUUUGAAGAUCGACGUUUGGGCUGCUGGCAUAAUAUUGUAUAUACUGCUCUGCGGCUUUCCACCAUUUGUUGCGCCUGAUAACCAGCAAGAGCCGCUGUUCGAUUCGAUCAUCUCUGGCGUUUAUGAGUUUCCCGAUCCAUACUGGUCGGAUAUCGGCGAUGGUGUGCGCGAUUUAAUCGCCAACAUGCUGCAGUCGGAUCCGGAUGUUCGUUUCACCAGCGAAGAUAUUCUUGAUCAUUAUUGGACAAUGGGCAAUGAGAAUAACGGCUGCGACGGCGAAUUUAGUAGAUGAAUCGUGGCCGUGUGGGGUGUUUAAGCGGCUAUUAUGCAUCCCAAAGAUGCCGUCUAGUAGUUUUUUGUAUUAUGUAAUUUAGCGCUAUUCUAUAGGCCUUAAUUUAUUAUUUUUACAUAUUAACUCAUAACAACAACAACAACCGAACUUAAGACCAUAACAGCGUGGCCGGCACAUUUAGACGGUGCUGACAGUUUUCAGAAAUUCCAAUUUCGAAACCGUUUACGGUUCGCAACUUUACUAUAUUCUUUUAACGCAUAUAUAUAUAUAUAUUUUAUAACGAAAGGUACAUUUACAUUCAGACAUAUAUUUUAU